AUGAACAUAAUUCAAAAUUUAGCUAAAUAUGAUUAUCAAAUUAUAAUUGAACAAUAUGUAUCUCGAUCAAUGCAAUGUAUUAAGAAAGCUGCUGAUGGUAUUUUAUUUAAUCUUGGUUUUGAGAUACCUUCGAUUGCAAUACCUAUUGUACAUUCAAUAGCAAUGCAACAAAAACCUAUGUUUAUGUUGAGUUAUUCUCAUAUUAAUAAUGAUUUUUGUGAUAAAAUACUUGAAUUACUUGAUCAAAAAAUUGAUUUAUUCAAUGUAUGGAUUGAUAAACGAUAUUGUAAGAAUAGUACAGAUAUUUGGGAAUCUAUUGCUAAAGGUAUUAAAACUUCUGAUUUGAUCAUAUGUAUUAUAUCAUCAGAACAUUUAACAAGUAAAGCAUGUCGUCAAGAAAUAAUCUAUGCAAAAGGUCGACUUAAUAAACGUUUUUUACCUAUCUAUCUUGGAAAACCCGAUAUAAGUGAUUGGUCAGAUAUUCGUCUUGCCGAAUUCAAAUAUGUUCGUUUUCAAAAUACACAUUUGAAAUUGGAUGAACGGAAAGUAGAAGAAUUUUUAUCAAGAGUAGUAGAAUCUAUAUCAUCAGAACAUUCAACACAAAACAAUAUAACUAUUAAACAUCAUUAUACGCCAUCAAUUUUUCAUGAAAUAUCUAAGACAGAAGUAAUAAGAUCUCAAACAAUCUCACAACCUAUUGAAACAUUUGCAAAACAUGAUAUCUGUUCAGAAAUCCGCGACAUUUAUCAAUUUAAGACUGGUGCACAAAUGAUUACUUAUGGAGAAUAUUUAAAAGAUGGAUGGAUUAAUAAUUCAUCAAAUUUUCGUAUAAUAUUUUAUAGCAAUUGUGAUAGAAAAGCAUAG